AUGCGAGCGUCGAGCGACACCCUCCUCUACCAGGAACAGCACGGCGUGGUCCAGGCGCUGCUUGGCGACCACGGCAUCGACCUCCACUCGCCCCCGCAGCCCCAGGAGCCCCCCACCCAGCUGUGGUGGCUGUUUUGCACCCCGAAGUCGGCGCCGCUGGCCCCGACGUUCACGGGGCGGUUUAUCCCCUACCACGACAUCGUGUGGUGUGAGCGCAUCGAGCUGGGGGUGUACACGCUUCGAAUCGUGUUUGAGCACCGGGUGGUGGCGCAGGCGGUGGCGAUGGACGCCGACGACGACCUCAGUGAAAAAGUGUUGCAAAUGGCGUACGGCGAGCUGAUAAUCAAACCGAGGGUGUUGGUGGUGGUUAAUCCCCAUGGAGGCAAGGGCCACGCCAGCCACAUCUACCAUAAACAGGUGCUCCCCGUGCUCAGAGCCGCCCACGCCCAGGUGACGUUUAUCGAGACCAAACACGCCGAACACGCCACCGAAAUCGCUAAGGACUUGGAGAUUGCCAACUACGACUACAUCGCAUGCUGUUCAGGCGACGGGAUCCCCCACGAGAUCGUCAACGGCCUUUACUUGCGCCCUGACCGCAAACAGGCGUUUGACCAGAUCGCCAUCACCCAGCUCCCCUGCGGCUCGGGUAAUGCGAUGACGUGGUCCACCCACGCCACCAGUGACCCUGUUGAUGCCACAUUAUCCAUGCUUAAGCUGACACGGGUCAAAGCCGACGCCAUGGCCGUCACCCAGCUCGACCUCAGCGGCAACCCCGUCACCAAACUUAGCUUUUUGACCCAGACCUACGGGAUCAUCGCCGACGCCGAUAUCGGCACCGAGCACUUACGGUGGAUGGGGGCGUUGCGUUUCGAUAUCGCCACUGCCAAAGGUAUCUUGGCGCGAGCGACCUACCCCUGCGACCUCUACGUCGACUACGCGUGCAACGACAAACGCGAGCUUGUGCGGGCGCUGGCGCCGUCGGCCCUGGCUCCGUCACACCCGAAACCGGAGGCGACCGACUACACGUUAAGAGGGCCGCCCUUGGAUAAGCCCGUCCCCCUGCUGUGGUCUAAAGUGGCGGGAACCGAUAAGCUCAACGUGCUCUAUGCAGGCAAGUACCCGUAUAUCCUGAAGGACGUGUUGUUCUUCCCCACAGCCCAGCCGGACGACGGCACCAUCGACUUGUUGCUCACAUCCACCGAGAUCUCGGUGAUGGACAUGAACGGGAUGUUCUCCAAGGUGCACACCGGUGAACACAUUUACCACGAGAAAAUGGGGUACUCUAAGGUGUACAGCUACCGGCUUGUCCCCCGCGUCCACGGGACCCACUACCUUAGUGUGGACGGUGAAAGCUUCCCCUUAGAAACGUUGCAAGUGGAAGUAUUGCCUCAAGCAGUGACGGUGUUGGUGCACCCGGAGGGGGUGAAUAAUGCGAAAUUCAUCCGCAAGACUUAG